AUGACGCAGGGCUCGCGGCCGGUCCGCAGGGACAGCGUGUCCGGGAUGGGCGACCUGCUGCUCAGGGGCUGGACGAUGCUGGCGGAGAGCUGCGCAGAUUGCAGGGUACCCUACAUGCAGGAUCCUCAGACAGGUGACAAACUGUGCGUAAACUGCCAACAAAGGGUGACGUCAGGCCAAGGCAUUGCUGAAGGAGAGGCACAGGCUCUGGGCAUCGUGCCCCAUGAGCACCAGCCCUCCGUUCCUGAAUCUCCGCAGAUGAACUGGAGGAGCAGGAUGCUUGAAGCACGCGGUGAGCCACCUGCCUCGACACGCCCAGCAAGUGACCUUUAUGCUGACAGGAUCGCUGAAAAGAUGGUCGAGGGUUGGACGCUGACAAGCUUGGUCUGUUUGAGGUGCGCAUGGGUGGUGUGGCGACGAACAAAAAUACUGGUCUGUAGUUUGUGUUAA